AACUUCUCAAGAUAGAAAAAAAGACAAAAAGAUUUCUAAUACACAUAUUUAUGUAACUUCGACUGGAGCUGUUCUAAUUCUUAAGAGAGAGAGAGAGAGAGAGAAAAGAAAAAGAUAUAGGUGCGUCGAAAAAAAAAAUCACUUUUGAAGUUUGCGGAGGCCGAAGGGGCGAAGAACAAAGUGAAUGGCGCAAUCGAAUUGACUUUUAGAAUUUUUCGCGGCGCAACUUGGUCGAGUUGGUGGUGUGACAACCCCUCGGGGUGAGGGGGGAGGGUUGUAGGUGCUCGAAGGGCGAGUGCCUUUUGCUCGGGGGCUCUUAGAGGCUCCGCCUGUCGACCAAUCGGGUUUCAAAGCUCGCUUAGGAGCCCAAGAACGCGAGCCUUUCGAACUGGGCGUGUUCGCGAGGUGCUGGUGGCGGCUUCGAACGAUCAACGCGUUCGAGAAUAUCCUACUCUCUCUUUCUUUAAUAUUUUCUUUUUCUCUCUCUCUCUCUCUCUCUUCCUCUUUUUCUAUCUCUAUCUCUAUCUCUUUCUUUCUUUCUUUCUUUGGUCCACACCCCGAGGGUGCCCUCAGCAGGGUGACUUACGACUGCGGAGGACUCCAACGAUUACGAGUUCCUAGAUCCGACGUACACGGAUCGCUCUCGUUCGCGUUAGAAAAAGUUUCUACGUGCUUUGCGAUAAAUCAAAAGGGAAGAAAAAAUUAAAAAAAAGAAGAAAGAAGAAGGAAAGGAUAGAUCAAGCCGACCGAUCGCCAGAUAACAGUGCAAUUUUUAUAUCCUUUCUGUUUCCACGAGCUUAUUUUUUUGUUUUUGUACUUCUACCUCUCCUUUUUUUUUCUUUUUCUUUUUUUUCUUUCUUUCUUUCUUUCAAUACAGAUCGUCUGGUUUGUUACCUCGUAAAACGACCUCGAUGAAGUUUUUUCGAUUAGGUGAUAUGUGAUUGCAAGAAGAAAGAAGAAAAAAGUGAAGAAAAGAAAAGAAGAAAGUAAGAAUUAUUUAGUGAGAGAAGAAACGGGAUUGUGUGUAGAAUUAACGGAAAGGACGAUUUUAUUCGGUUGAAACUGAAGACUCAUGUCAACCAAAUACUUGCGUGAUCCUCCAAACGUAAUAAAGAUGGCUGACCUCAGUGAUCCAAUAAUCUCCAUAUUCGAAGGAACGUGUUAAUCCGUUGGAUCUUAAAGGACUGAUUGAAUGAAGACCGACUCCGAUUUUCUCUGAAAGGUCUAAGAAUUCGGACUUGAAACUAGAAGAAUCUUUUGCGAGGUUUUCCCUUUCUUUUUCGACAGAAUUCUUUAAGAAACUACUACAUUUUGUUCAUCCUGCCACCGUUAUCGUCAUCCAAAAGUUUUGUUCAAAUUCAAGAGGGAAAAUGGAAGAGAACGGUAGAACCGAAACACUUUGCAAAGUAUGUGGCGACAAAGCAUCUGGGAAACAUUAUGGAGUACCGAGUUGCGACGGGUGCCGUGGUUUCUUUAAACGGUCGAUCCGCAGGUACGCAAGAAACUUAGACUACGUCUGCAAAGAGAACGGGCGUUGCAUCGUGGACGUUUCAAGGCGUAAUCAAUGCCAAGCCUGUCGUUUUACAAAAUGUCUUCAGGUCAACAUGAAACGAGAUGGUACGCUUCGUCUCGAUGCGGUACAGCACGAAAGAGCACCGAGAAGUACUUCGACCUUGGUGGCUGCUGCAAGAAGAGCUCCGGCUGGCCUUUAUCCGGGUCUACCUCACGUUUAUCACACGACGAACAAUCCGUAUCAUCCUCUUCUUUAUCCGGCAUUAUUUCCUUUCAAACCAACGAUGCCUCCAUUUGCACCUGCCGUUGCACAUUUUUUACCAAGAACCUCGACAGAAUCAUUAUCGGUGAGCACAGCGAAGGAAGACGAGGUAACGAGCUCCGAAGAAGCUGCAACAGUUGAACCGAGGCUCGAACAAAAAGAAGAACUUGUCGGUACUCGUCUUGUCCCGCAAAUCGUCAGUCCGGUCUCUGCGGAAUAUACGAUGUCAAGCUUCUCAUUAUUGCCGACGGAAAACGUUUAUGAGUUUGCUGCGAAAUUAUUAUUCUUCGCUGUAAGAUGGGCUAGAAGCAUACAUUCAUUUUUACAAUUACCAUAUCGAGAUCAAACUAUAUUGCUAGAAGAAUCCUGGAGCGAGUUGUUCGUACUUACGGCGGCCCAAUGGAAUUUUCCUGUUGAAGAAAGUAGUUUGGUUCCUGCCGAUUUAUCUACGGAAAGACGAGAGAUAUUAGUUGACGAAGCGAGAAGACUUAGAGAAUUAUUAGCUAAAUGCUCGUUGCUGAGGGUCGAUCAUUCGGAAUACGCGUGUUUGAAAGCCAUCGUCCUUUUCAAGGGUGAAUCUAGAGGUCUCUGCGAACCUGGCAGAGUUACCGCGUUGCAGGAACAAACCGUAGCAGUUUUGUGCGAACGUGACGCUCGAAGGGUUGGUCGAUUAUUGUUGCUUUUACCACCAGCGCGUGCAUUGUGUCGAUCUACCCUUCAAGAGCUUCUCUUCAAGCCCACCGUCGGUGACGUCAGCGUGGAAAGAUUACUCGGAGAUAUGGUCGGUGCACUCAGACCAACUUAGCCUUCAUCAUCGAAUUGGACGAGAGCUGAACGUACAUUGCUCGAUUAUAUUUAAAACGCGUUGUUAAAAAAAGGAUCUUCGAAUUUGACUUGAAUCGUCGUAAAAGCUUUAAAAUUACGUAUACUAAAUGAUCCCAACGAAGAACUUCGUUUUUUCUUUUUUCUUUUUCUUUUUUGUUUUCAGAAAAUAGUUAACUUACCAACCGAGUUGAAACCGCGUGUGUAUUUUCAAUCGUCGAUAAUGUCGGGUAAUGUUGGUAAUUGUCGGUAAUACAGAGAGUGAUAAAGAGAAAUAGAAAAAGCGUCUUCUAUAAUUGAAAAAUAUUAUUUACUAGGUUUUACGAUAAAAAUGAAUUUUUUGUAAUCCUAUCGCAUCCUUAACGAAGAGAUAACAUUUUAUGAUGGCAACAAGUUCUAGUCAAUCUCAAAUCAUAAAGUUAAUGUCUACCGCAUGUAUAUAGAUGUAUGUAUUACGAAAUUAGAAAUAAAUCGUACGUGUCUGUAAUAACAAGAGCAAUAUGUUGAUUCGUCGUAGAUAUAAAAAAAUGUAUUUAUCGAAAAAGAUAUAUAUAUAUAUAUAUAUAUAUAUCUUCAGAAGUCGAAAUAAAGUUAUAAAAUAAACUGAUAACUUGCUCUCGUUAGAUUUUACCGAAAGAAUAUUCCUAAUUAUAUAAUUUUAAUGAUUUUCUUACUUUUCGUUUGU